AUGACAUCUUUGUCACUACUUCGACCGGAGGCAUUCAAGUAUGGUGUCCUUGCCGCGGACCGAUUGCCUGGUCUGAUGUUGUAUGGCCCUCCCGGAACUGGAAAGACCUUGCUCGCCAGAGCGGUUGCCAAGGAGUCGAAGGCCACAGUGCUAGAAAUCAGUGGAGCCCAGAUCUACGAGAAAUACGUUGGUGAAGGCGAAAAGAUGGUGCGAGCCGUCUUCAGCUUGGCCAAGAAGCUCUCGCCUUGCAUCGUCUUCAUCGAUGAAGCCGAUGCCAUAUUCGGGAGCCGCAGCAAUGCCGGCAACAAAACCACUCACCGAGAGAUCAUCAAUCAAUUCCUCCGCGAGUGGGAUGGUAUGGGCAUGAGCAAUGUCUUCAUCAUGGUUGCGAGCAAUCGACCCUUCGACCUGGACGAUGCUGUUUUACGACGACUACCGAGAAGAAUACUUGUUGACCUACCAGUGACCAAAGAUCGAGAGUCCAUCCUCAAAAUCCACCUCAACGAUGAGAUCCUCGAUGACUCGGUCAAGCUCAACGAACUAGCCGAGCAAACACCUCUCUACUCCGGCAGCGACCUGAAAAAUCUCUGCGUCUCCGCCGCACUGGCCUGCGUACGGGAAGAGAACGACCUCGCCAACAGCAAGCAAGACGACAAAGACUUCAAGCUCCCCGAGAAGCGCACGCUGUCGGGCCGCCACUUUGAGAAAGCCAUCAAGGAGAUCAGCGCGUCCAUCUCAGAGGACAUGAGUUCCUUGACGGCGAUCAGGAAAUUCGAUGAGCAAUAUGGUGAUCGUAGGGGAAGGCGCAAGAAGUCGGCGUAUGGAUUUGGGUUGGGAGAUGGGAGCGUGGAUGAGAGUGCCGCUAGAGUUCGGCCGCCGAAGUAG